ACAUGAACCUCCCUAUCGCAAUACUCUCCCUGCUCACUAGUUUCAAUUUCACCCUGCUCCAACCGUCUCCCUUCAAAUCCCUCGUUCCCAAUGAUACCAAAACUAGAGCUGGCUUCUGCUGCUUCUAUCUUUAUCCUGUUCAUCUGUCUUGUUCUCUACCAACCCUCAACUUCCCUCUCCUUGACAACACUUACGGCUACCAGCAGUGCCUCUGCUGGUGCUAGUACAGAAGGAAAGCCAAAACCCUUUAUUUUGCCUCUGAGAACCCAAAAGGUCUCAUCUUUGGCCCUCCCCGGGCCACGCAACAAGCUCCUAUUCCACCACAACGUCAGCCUCACCGUCUCCCUCUCCGUUGGAACGCCGCCCCAGAAUGUCUCCAUGGUGCUCGACACCGGCAGCGAGCUCUCCUGGCUCCUCUGCAACGCCACCGCCGGCGGCCCCUCCUUCCACCUCCGCGCCUCCUCCUCCUACGCUCCUAUCCCGUGCUCCUCCGCCACCUGCCGCGACGGCACCCGCGACCUUUCAAUCCCGGCCACCUGCGACGCCGCCUCCUCCCUCUGCCACGUGUCCCUCUCCUACGCCGACGCCUCCACCUCCGAGGGCACCCUCGCCGCCGACUCCUUCCGCCUCGGCCAGUCCACUCCUCUGUCCACCAUCUUCGGCUGCAUGGUCUCCGCCUAUUCCUCGACAUCGGAGGGCGACGAUUCCGCCACCGCCGGUCUGCUGGGCAUGAACAGGGGAUCCCUCUCCUUCAUUACCCAGACCGCCACCCAGCGGUUCUCCUAUUGCAUCGCCGGUGGAGCUGCCACGGGGGUCCUCCUCCUCGGCGACGCCCCGCCUUCCUUUCUCACGCCCCUCAACUACACCCCGCUCGUCCAGAUCUCACUUCCUCUCCCCUACUUCGACCGUGUGGCCUACACCGUCCAGCUGGACGGCAUCCGCGUGGCAGCCGUCCUCCUUCCCAUCCCCAAAUCCGUGCUCGUCCCCGAUCACACCGGCGCCGGCCAGACCAUGGUGGAUUCGGGCACCCAGUUCACCUUCCUCCUGGGACCCGCCUACGACGCCUUGAAAGCCGAAUUCUUGAGGCAGACGAAGGGCGUCCUCACCGUUCUGAACGAGCCGGACUUCGUUUUCCAGGGGGCAUUCGAUAUGUGCUUCCGGAUACCGGCGGGUGCGGCGCCGCCGGCAUGGCGGCUGCCGGCGGUGUCGCUAAUGUUCGGCGGGGGGGCGGAGGUGAGGGUGGUGGGGGAGCGGCUGCUGUACCGGGCGGCGGGGGAGGCGCGGGGGCGUGACGCGGUGUGGUGCUUCACCUUCGGCAACUCGGAUCUGGUGCCCCUCUCGGCGUACGUGAUAGGUCACCACCACCAGCAGGACGUGUGGGUGGACUACGACCUCCGGAACUCCCGGGUGGGCUUCGCGCCCGUCCAGUGCGCCCAGGCCAGCCAGCGACUUGGUGCGCUUCUCUGAUGGGUAUUGGGCCAUCCUUUUUGACCUUGAAUAGACAAGAUUGUGUACGUGUAAUUAACGUGUAUAUUGUGCGUCCGAUUUGAUCAUUACAUUCACAUUUGUUGUGCUUCUGAUCAUUACCAUUUUAUCUUGCAAAAGAUAGAAGGGAUGUUAUGUUACUAAAGAAAUGAUGAAAAAAAAUACCAUCCGAGAUAAAAAUGGUGGGGCAAAUGAGGACAGAAAUGUUGUUCCAAGCUAUUCCAUCCUUCACCUGGUUAUCUAUCUCUAUGUCUGGAUAAAAUUAUUUGUA